CUAAUAAGCACAUCAGCUCGAUCCAAAAGAGGAGUUGUCGAGACCUCUCAAUUGAGCACCAACCGGUGGAGCAUUUCUUCGAGCACGUGAUCGGCGGGGUUUGUGUCCACGAAGAUGUUGGAAAGCUUCUUCUCGGCCAGGCCAAGGCAAGGCGGGGCCCCCGAGGCCGUACCGCCCGUUACCCUCCUCUCCGGUCCUCCUUCCUGUGGGAAGACGUCUCUUCUGUUUCAAUUCGCUAUCAACCGCGCAUCGGAGACAAAUGGCGAUGUGGUUUUCAUCUGUAACAAGAGGAGAUUAGAGUACAAGCCACCCUUUCUUUCACAGGACAUCGAUCCAGCUGCUGAAUUGCUUGAAAGGAUACAAAUGAAGUACAUUGAAGACUAUGAGGGAAUCACAAAGUAUUUUGCAGCAUUUCAUUUGUACAAGAGCUUUCCUACUGCAAUAAUCAUUGAUGAUUUUGGAGAUCUGUUUAUUGAUAGGAGUUGUCAACAUAAAUAUGGCAAUGCAAGGGGUAGAGAUCUUGCCAUGGCUCGAACUAUGGCCUUAUGCCAAGAUGCUAUAGCUUAUGCGAACCAAAAACAGCAAGCCCAAAGAUUGUGCAACCUUUUACUUGCUGAUACACACCAAGGAGACAGCCCAAGAUUGUUAUUCAUUUAUAAGAGAUGGGUUCAGUGCAUCUUGACAAUUCAGGGUGAUAUAUCUGGUUCUUUCAUUUUGAAGUAUAGCAGCAUCUCAGGCAAUCACCUGGCUAAAACGAGAACUGCCAAAUACUCCAUUGCACUUCAGUCUCUUUUACUGGAGGUUUUUGAAAGCUGAUGUGAUUUUAGCUGGUUUUAUGAUGAGAUGUAAUUAAAUGAAAACCUGUUUUUAUUUUAGUAAAUCUGCAAAUUUAGUUCAUUGAAGGUAAACACGAUGUUUUAUCUUUCCUUAUGUAUCAUGCCCUGCAAUGGUCAAUAUAUUUCUGCAUCUGGCAGAAUUCUUAACACUUAUGAAAAAAUAUAUACAACCAGCACUUGAGCCUCUGA